AACAUAUGGUGAUGUUAUUGUUUUGAUUUACGUGUACAUGUAAAAGAAUCUGGAAAAAGUUUACGAAAUAUUCGUGUUUCGUCCUGUAGUCGGUUUAAAUUUGUGUUCUGACAUAUUUCCUUGUGAUGUGAAGUGUGAACUGUGGCACGGUAUUUAUAUUGUUGAUCGAAGAGUGUGUAGGCAACAGCCUCUCCACCAGUAUAAUGUCUUGGCUCAAGUUGAACGAUAGUUUGAAUAAAGUCAAAGGCCAGAUUACCAGUUUCGCCCAAGAAGUGCUUGCUGAGGGAAUUGUGGAAGAGGAAGAGGAACAGCGCAAUCCUGAAAAGGAGCUUGGUCAGGCUCAGCAGAAAAUCAGCGAGCUUGCCGAUCUUUGUGCCACGCAAGAUCAAGAGAUUGCAACACUGCGCAAACAAAUUGCUGAAUAUCAACAACAGCAGCUACAGAGCCAAUCGAAGUCACCAAACGAACAACUUCCACCGUCGAGUUCCAAGCAGGAGCACCAGCAUGGCAUCACAUCGAUCGCUCCGACGCCUUCGUCCGCCCUCGAGGACAGCUGGUUUUGGGACCCGGAGCAGAACAUUUCCUCCACGUCGUCCUCGUCGAAGAAAGAUGACGACAAUGAUUCGCCGCGGUCGGGAGCGGAUCUCACCACGAUCCCCCUGGAGGCGCCCGCUUCGGAGAGCGAAAUCAUCGAACGGCUGCACCGCCAGCUGGUCGACAAGAGCCAGCAGCUAAAGAAGCAACAGCUGGAGAAUGCACUGAUCAACGAGAAACUGUCCCAGGUUGGGCGGGAAAAUCGGGAACUGAACGAGAACAUCGAGGAGUUGGAUCGACAGCAUGAGCUGGUGGUGGAAAAUUUGAUCGGGGUGAAGAAGGCCCUGCAGGAGAAAUGCCUCCAGCUAGAGGAUGAGCUGCGGCUCAGGCAGGGGGAGGCAAACGUAGCGAAGGAUUACGAUGCGUUGAAAGAGAGCUACAGCAUGCUGGAGCAGAGCUGCGACGCGAUACGUCAGGAAAAUGCCCAGCUGAAGGGCGAAUUGGAAGGGCUCAGAGCGGAGAGCGAUGCCACACGAGACGAGCUGGAAGCAGAGAUUGGAGAACUCAGAAAGAGUUUAGAUGCAUCUGAAAAACGGAUAAAAAGCUCAUCAGAUGUAUAUGAUCGCACGUUAAAUCGCUUGACGGCAGAGAAAGCCACACUGGACGAGCAAACGGACUCAUUCAAAAACGACAUUUCCACACUUCAGGAGAAGCUUGAGAGCAUCACACUGAAAUACGAAAGCCUCAGCCGGAUUGAGGCUGACUUCGAGAGCAUGAAAAAAGAAUAUGACGACCUAAAACGCAAAGGCGAAGAGGAUGCUUUCGUCGCACUCCAGAGAGAAGACGAUCAGGCGGAAGUGGACAAAGUCCACCAAAUGUACGAUCAGCUAACGGCUGAGGUCGAACGUUGGAAAAAGGACUGCGAUCGCCUGCAGGAGGAUAACCUAACACUGCAGAAGAGCGAGAAGGCGAUCCAGAGUCAACUCAGCGAGCUGGAAGCUCUGAUCGUGACGAAAGAUGAGCGAAUCGUUCAAUUGGAGCAACACAUUCCUGACCAGACACAGGUUGAACUUCUCCAGCGAGAGGUUGGUGAACUGCAGAACGAACUUCGGAGCGUUAUAUUUGACAACUCGGUUCAGCUGGAUGCGAAGGAAAAAGAGUGGCAGGAAAAAUUGAACUUCCUGAAGGCGGAGAAUUCUCGCAUCCAGCACAACAAGGACACACUCGAGGCGGAUUUGAUGCAGUACGAGAAGGAAUGUGCCAGCUUGAUGAAGAACAACGACAUGUUGAUUGGGGAGAUCGAAAACCUCAAGUGUAAGAAACUGGAAACCAUCAACGAGAAUGCGGAAGAUAGCAUUGUGAUAUUGGAAAAGCAACUGGAAGACUGCAGCAUGCUGAACAAGAGCUUGGAGGAUGAAUAUCAGGAGGUGAACAAAAAGCUAGAGGAAGUGCUGGAGGAGCGGGAAGAGCUGGAAGCUAAGGUUGAGAGUUCCCAGGAAUCGUUGGAGCAGAAGUCAAAAACCAUUAAAGAUCUUCAACUGGCACUGGAGACAUUGGAGAACGAGAAGAGCAAUUUACUGUUUGAAAUUAAUGAAAUUAAAUCAAAAGCGACUACAGAGAAGGAACAAAUGGAGAUCGAAAGCUACCAGAUGGAAACAGAAAGUCUCAAAUCACAACUGACAACAAUCAACGAGGAUCAUGCUAGUCUAGUUUUGAAGCUGCAACAGCUUCAACAAGCAUCAGUCGAGAACGUUAAGAAACUGGAAGCGGAGCUGUCCGAACUCAGAUCAUCGUUGAAAACGAAGGAAUCCGUUACAAUACAACUGCAAGAAGAAGUAGCGACCAAAAUUGAAGAGCUUAACUCCGUCAGAGUUUCCAACGAGAAAGCCAUUGAAUCGUUACGACAAAAACUAGAAGCAGAAUCGCAAAAGUCCACCUUCAUUGCGGUCGAAAAAGACGAGAUUGAACGCCGGCUCCAUGAAACAGUUGUGGCACUAAACCAACAAUCAACCGCUCUCGAAGAACAUUCCGCGCAGAACGUCGCUAAGUUAGCCGAACUCACGCAAACCGUAGACACCUUGACCAAGCAGAAGGACAACUUGGUCCAACUGAUCACAACAAAACACAACGAAAACGUGCAAUAUCACGCUGAGAUUCAACGGUUGAGCUUGCUGCUGCAGAACGAACUGACUGCGAAAAAUGAACCGGUCACCAGCCCGGAGUGUAGCAAGUGUCCUGUGCUGCAGGGGAAGCUCAACGGUCUUGAGGCCCAAUGCAAGAAGCUUGAAAACUUCGACAAAUUGACCGAUCAGGUACAGUUUUUGCGCGAGAAGUCCGAAAUUCUAUCCAACAAUCUACAGAUCGAGCAAAACAAUCAAAAGUUGCUGCAGCAGGAGAAGCAGGAGAUGAUGGAGCAGAGGAAUGGAUUGGCGAAGGACUUGGAACGGCUGAGACAGCAUUUGCUGGAGAUCGAGGAGGCACAUACGCAAGAGACGGUUGAGCUGCAGCAGCGCUGUCAGGAGACCCAGGAGAAACUGCAGGCACUCGAGCAAGACGUUAAGAAGUCGACCAAUGCGCUCACAUCGGCGAGCAUCCGCGCCAACCAACAUGCCGAAACACUGCAGGCGCAAUAUCAGCUGCUACUGCAGCAACGCGACGAACUGACGGCCAAAUUAGGCGCUGCCGAUGACCGGGAGUAUAAAAAUCAAGCCUCGCUAACCAACCUUCAGUGUGCGCUAGAACAGUUCCAGAAAAACAGAGAACGAGACAUCGAGCUGGCGACGUUCGCCAUCCGGAAGGAACUCGAGGAAACGCAAAAGCAGGAGGUGAAUUUGAAGGCUGAGAUUAGACAGAUGCAACAGCAGUUGACUGAUGCCAAGAAUGGUCUACUGGCGGCCGCCAGAAUCUCCGACCAGCUGGAGAUUGCCCAAGUCACAGUCGCGUCACUGAAAGAUGAGUUGUUGAAAAGCAACGAAAAGUUCUACGCUCUCGAGGAACGCCUACAAACCACCGAAGCUAGUCAGGCGGACAAGGUGGAGAAGACGCUCGUGAAGAACCUAGUCAUUGGAUACGUCGCAGCGCCGAACCAGAACGACAAGCUUCAAAUUCUGAAACUGAUAUCAGCGGUUCUCACGAUGGAUCAAAACGAAUGCUACAAAAUCGGCCUCAAUCGAACGGGAGGUGGCUGGUUCAACAGCAUCCUGGGAGGAGGCGGAGGUGCCCACUACAACAAGGAAAGUCUGACUGAGGCAUUUGUUAAGUUUCUCGAGAAAGAGUCCACUCCUAGGCCGACAAACGCGGGAGGAUCCGGUCUUCUCAACAUAAUGAACCAAUCACAACAACCUGCGGGGGGUUUCUCUCGCACCCCAACUCCAACGCAACAGCAAACGGCGCAGGAUCAAAAUCCGUACCCGGUACCCACAACACCCGUUCCAGUUCAACCUAUACUGCUGGGUGAAUCCACGAUCCUUCAGCAGACCACCUCGUUCCAGCCGCCGCGUAGCUCCAGCUCAAUAUUGAAGGAUAUUCUGAGCGAUUCCUGAUUCGAGCUGUGAGGGGUUUGUUUAUUAGCUAGCAAAUCAGUAAGGUAGGCUCCUAAAUACAUCAGAAACCGUUGCGGGGUUCGAAUUCGAAGUUUUCCGUAUCGCUUGUGUAUAUAUAAUUUAGUGUGGUAACGAUUGUUCAGACUGUUGAUCCCUGUCUGUGGUUCGUAAUGUUCGUCAGUACUGACUGUGCGAGGAGAUGAAGGCAAUACCAUUAUCUAUCAACUGGAUGGAUUUAUAUAUAAAUUUCAACAAACAUGAUCUGGAACAUGUUUGGAUAAAUUAUAAACAAAACGAAAAUUUUGAACUUAUGACAAAUUAA